UGCUGAAUAGAGCAAGGACAUCGUUUCCUUCACGUCAAUGGGAUUAGAAGAAGAAAUGCCCUUUUCAUUCUGCUGGCUCUCUCCAAAGUACUCCAAAGACAAAAUGGGAAUGCAGCAUGGACAGAUGACGGAAAAAGGAUCAAGAUAAAAACACACAACUCCAAGUUUGGAUUACAAAGCUGCUCAGUUUUUUUUUUGUUUCUCGUACAAAUGAACAAGAAACAAAUCUUCAAAUCUCAAGGGAGGUGUGCAAACAACCAAGGCUGCAGGCUCAGAAACAGCAUCCUGCGCUGUUAUUUUGUUGCUUUCUAAGCAGUGACCGAACCCACGGGUCAGAUGAAGAGUUCAAGUGCUGCAUGCAGCGCUGCAAUGGAACCAACGUCUGCUUCGCUCAACUCUUCUGUCCCGUCUUCACCUUCGUCUGCAAAACUUAGCCAAAGCAACUUCAGGAGAAUCAGCCGAACAGAGGACAGCAGUCCCCAUCCGAUCGCCGGCCUGGCAGCAGAUGUUCUGCACAUGCGAGUGAAAGAGGGAAGCAAGAUACGCAAUCUAGUGCGGUUCGUAACAGUUCGUAUGCAAGGGGAGGGAAGAGACGGCGAUGGGACAUUGCUGAGGCAGGUGGUCUUCACUGGCUCAGGGAGGGGAGUCACCAAGACCAUCACCUGUGUUGAGAUCCUGAAACGUAAAGUGGGAGGGCUGCACCAGGUGUCCAAACUCCACUACAAGACAGUGAAUGAGGUUUGGGAGAGUUCCCUGCAGGGAGCGCCUGGGACAACCAUGCAGAGGACAGUCCCUGCCAUCUGCAUCCUGCUCUCUAAAGACCCUCUGGAUCCCCAGGAGCCCGGAUACCAACCUCCACGAUCCCUCAGUGUUCCGACAGAGGACACAGAGAGCUGCAGACCUCUGCUCCAGCCACCUCACAGUCCCUCGACACAGCGCGGAGCCAAGAGACUCUGUGAGGACGACUGGAGUCUGACUGCAUUUUGUGAAAUAUCAGAAAAAUAGUUUUUAUUAGUGUGUAUAUGUAGUUAUUUUACUGUGACUUUUUUACAGCAUCAGGUUCACUUAAUU